CUUGUGGAUCGCCAACAGGGCUCGCUCGGCGAGUGAAACCCUGCAUAUUUCGGGAGACGAGUCGUUGCCCAGCCUGUUUGCGCAGCUCCUCAAUGAAAUGUCAGACUAGUUAGUGUCUCCUUUUGUUACGGACUUUAACAGAAAGAAAGCAAGGAGCCCUGGGUCGCCAAUUCAGAAUGGAUUUGUCGACAUUUCAUCCCGUUUUCCUGAUUCUCGCCUUGUUAAAAGCUGGGGAGGCCCACGUGGAGCCGCCGACCAACGUGACCUUUCACUGCCACAAUGUGCACAAUGUUCUGAAGUGGAGUUACAACCAGCUCUUGCCAGGGAUGAGAUUCAGAGUCGAUAUUCAGUCAACGAAUGGUUUAAAUGGUCAUCCCAAUGAGGUUUGGGUGGAACCACCAGCUCCGCUACAAGCUGACGUGUCGUUUCUCUCUGAUCCAAGUAAUGACUACUUCCUUACCGUCACUGCUGUGAUUGGACAGAAUGAGUCUGAUUCCGCCCCUGAGGAUGGAAUCACUUUCACCUAUUUCAAGGACUCUCCAGUGAAGAACAAAUGUUCUGUGGACUUCCCAUCAGUUAACGUCACCACCAAACAAGAUGACACCAUCCUGCUCCGCUUCACACAUCCCUGGCUGGUGUACUACAAAAGCCACAGCUUAGAUACAAAACCUAGGAAGAAGAAACAUUUUGAAAGUGAACAACAGCUGCCUAUGUUCAGUUACGAUGUUGUUUUCCUCCAAGAGAUGGGGAGACACCAUAGGAUGAACUGUCUGGACAGUGUGUGUGAGGAGGUGCUUUCAGUGAAUGCUUCACAGAAGAAACACUGUCUGAAGGUCAAGGGAGAGGUGAAUAAGAUACUUGUUAAAGCUGCAGAAUUCUGCACCACGCCAUUGGACGAAGGACCAAGCUAUCUCAUCUACGUCAGCAUCGCAGUCGCCCUGUCGGUCUUAUGCGCAGUUGCUGUUAUCUUCAUGUUGUACCGAAAAAAGACCACGCCCUCAACUCCUUUACCAUCCACCAUGACGUUCACGAAUAAACUGAAGCAGUGGACAUUUGGAGUGGUUCAGGACACGGUCUCUUUGCCACAGGUGGAGCCUACCACACCCACACUUCUACUGUUACCAGAGGAGAUCGACCCCACAACUAUUGUUACUCCCUCUAUGGAGCCUGAAGUCCGUCUGCCCAUUGGGCUGCCAACCGAGAAUGAAGGUGUGUCUGAUGACGUGGAGGUAGGGAAUGAUGAAGGACCUGGGUACAUGGCUGGCAGAGGAUUGGAAGAAGAGGAGGAGCUCUGCUCCAGGGAUUUCCCCUCUGGUUAUGAGAAACGCCCGGUGCUGGUUGAGUUAGCACCAGAUGAACUGGCUGAGGGCUACCGCGGCUGAACGUGGCACCUGUAAGGGUACAGGUGAACUUUGUGGCACAUUGAAUGUUUUACAUCAGGUCAAAUGACACCCUGCAAUCACCUGUCAUUAAAUCUAAAAACUAUGAAUAUCUCCGCAGCGAUUUACAGUGUUCACAGAUGUCAGGUGGUUCAGUUUGUGCUGUUUCCUAGUCAGACCAUCCCAACGCCAAGUAAAAAGAGAAUCAGGUUUGUUCCUCUUGUUAGUGCACUUUGAUGUGAGUUACAUUUUCCUCUGUAUUUACAUUAAUAUGUCAAAGCAACACGACAAGCUCAAAUGGCUAUAAGGAAUUACCAAAUCAGAUCAGUUCCCAGAAUGCUAAACUAGUUGGCACUGAGUUUGAAAGAGAGACUAGAUUUGAAAAAAGAAGUAAACAUUUUCACUGGCCUCCAUGCUGCUUUUUAUUGUUUACUGAUCCUGUUUAGAGCCGUGUACACCCCUCUUGUCCACUGGCAGUGGGAAAGGAGUCUAUUGCCUUUUGCUGCAUUUAAAUAACAAACCUGCGUAUGUGUUAAUUUUGGUGGAAAAUGGCUUUUAAGUUCUUAAUUCUGAUAUUCUGCAUCAGACGUACACAGGAGCUUCAAAUCUUUUUCUUAAAUUAGACCUCAGCAAGUGAUCGAGGCCAAGUUGAGUAGAAAAUACCCCGUGAUGUCCUUACCUUGUGUAGCGACUUGCUCUGGCACUUAAAAAAACGAGACCAGACGAUUCUGUACACUGACUGACUGCUUUAUCGUGUGCAUGUUCAUCUUUCAAAAUGUCACUGCAAUGAAUCAUUCACAGUUACUCAAAUGGACUUAGCUUUGCUCUAAUUACUGUAUUACAUAUUGAAAUAAUAACCAAUAACGACAUUAACGUACAGUUUCAUCAACAUCUGUCUCAUACAGUAACGUCUACUAGAAUCCGUCAUACGUACACACGCAUUACUAUAUUUAUCAGCUACUGAGUUGAGUGGUUACCGUACUGUGGAGUAGUUCGUCGUAUGAUACUGAGAAUGUCCUCUUGCUUAUUUGCACCUGUGUUUUCUGUCUGAAUCAAGUCUCCAUUAGGCUUAUAGCACCUUAAAGUUGCUGUGAAAUACAAGUUAGAGCAUCUUUAACUUUUAUAAUGCAACAUUUUAUUUUAGCAAAGUGGAAUAUUUGGGCAGGUACAGUCACCAGACGGAUUUGAUCAAGUCCUGGAUCACUUAAAGAAGUGUGUGGACGAGACGAAUAGGGAUCUGCCACCACCUUCACCUGCCUUACCUGCUGGUAGAUCAGGAGGAGAAUGAGGGAUAAAUGUAUAAAUCGGUUGCUUACUAAAUGAUGUCUCUCUGCUAGAUGUCAAGUGUGGCUUUAAAGGAUGGAUGGGGAAAGCAGUUACCCCGAAUUCCAUUUGUGUAGAUAAAUAUAGAAUGUAGAUGUGCCUGAGUUCAAGAUGAGCCGCCAAAAAACUGUUUCUUAUUUCUGACUUUAUUUGACAAAUACUAACAGUUAAUUGAACAUUUGAACACAGGAGACCCUGGGUUACAACAUUUAUGUUGUUUUGUUCAGCCUUUAAAUGCAUUAAUGCAGUUUGAGAACUGCAGUUUAUUAAUUUCCUCAUGAAAUGAGAGCUGUUCUUGCACCAGAGUAUAACGUGACUGAUGUUGUAAUAUUACUCAUUGUAUCAGACUUUGUACUGUGCCUUAUGUCCGUGCUGUAAAGUCUUUUUCUGAGUCAAUUAUUUUUUGUUUGUGGUAAAUAACAGACAAUUAUACAGAUGUUAAAGGACCAGUGUGUAGGAUUUAGAGGGAUCAUUCUGCAGAAAUGUAAUGUAACAUUCUUAACUGUGUUUUCAUCAGUGUAUAAUCACGUGAAUCGUUGUGUUUUUUUAUGCUUAGAAUGAGCCCUACAUAUGAGCAGCUCCUCUUUCACAGAGAUCGCCAUGUUGCACCACCAUGUUUCUACAGUAGCCCAGAGGAGACAAACCAAACACUGGCUCUAGAUAGAGCCAUUCAUGUUUGACGUUUCCUGAAAUAAUUAUGAUAAAUGAUAUUCUUGUCACUUUGAGACCAUUUUUUGCCACUGAUAUGAUGUUAUAAUUGGAAUUGAACCUUGGCUAAGUCCCGCCCCAGGACGCAGACCGGCCAAUCAUAACGUAGCACCGGGCCGGCUCAGACCAAGGUCCGACAACCACACAGCUGUGCUCCACCUCCAUAAUCCAGGAGCCAGGAGGUUUGCUGGUGGCUUUGGUGGAGGAUGAAGUUUUUGGAGAGUAAAGUCCAAAACACACCAGCGGCGUCACAUGAUGGCGGCGUCAUUGAUGUGAGUCAAGUGCUGCCCCCAACACACACAAAGCGUCGCGCUGCGGGGCGUCAACUGGAAUUCUAUUGCACACUCCACUCCGCUAGGUGGCGGUAAUGUGACUAGCUGGUUGCCAACCGCCAAUUAGAACAAAAGACAAGGAAGAAGAUGCAGGAAGAGAAAGAAAACACACAAUGCAGGACAACCACGAUAACCAGACAAUGACGGUACCAAUGUGAGUUGCUUAUUAUAGUUGUCUAUAUGUUAUUAAUGACUAAUGAAUAAAUAAUUGAACACUAAAUGAAUAAUCUGAGCAUUGAGAUUAUGUUUUGAAAGCAGCAGAUCAACCAAUGUAGUUGGUAGGCUAACGAUAGAUGGCGCCAAAGUUGUUCUUCUCUGCUCUUCAACAGAGCUGCUACUACGGGAGCUGGGAAGUACAAAAUAGGCUUUUCUAUGAACAAGAAGUGCUUUUUCAAGGGCAGCGAUGCUGUAAAAUAGGACAAUAGUGAGAAGUGCUGCGGCAUGUUACGUUGACGCGCAUCGACACUCCGCAGGUGUGGGUUUGUAAAUAGAGAAUUAUGGGGGUGUCUGUUUUGACACGCGUCAUAUGGCGCCGGUGUGUUUUGGCUUUAAUACUUCAAACAAUUAAUCUUUUGGUUUGUUGCCAUGGGUUGGCAAGCUAACGUCUAUCAGGACUGAGUCUUCUACUCCAUAAGGGCAGCUGCUGGCUACUGGUAAACUGUGUUGUGUUGUCUUUAAAGUGUUGUGUUGCAGUUUGCGACCUCUCCACUAGAUGCCGCUAAAUUCUACACACUGCUCCUUUAAGUUGAUGUGAGAUAUCGCCAAACCUCGCAGCUAGAUCUGUUUAUAUUCUUUAACUCGCAGGGCUGAAUACAUGAAUGCAGAGUCUGGCUGAAGUGACCGAACAACACAGUUACUAUGAAUAGAAUUAAAAAGGGAAAUGGUGCUUUUUAUUUACACAUAUAUUUUUGUUUAAUCGGUUGCAAAUAGGAACGGUCGGAUCUAAUUACCAGCCGGAGUGAUUGAAUGUGAUGAUAUGUGAAUAAGUUGUUUAGUUAAUGUCUGGAUUUGUAAAAAUAGGUCAGCCCAUUAAACAGAAGCACUUGUUUAUCUUAUUUAGCUUGCUAUCAGUUCAUUAUUAUCCACAUUGUCCACAUGUUUCAGGUUCUGUGUGCAAACGACUGUUAAUUGUCAUGUGUCAUUUUCUUCAGCAUCACAUUUCAAUAAAACUAAGAUAAGAGUA